UGGCUUGAUUUUUCCUUUUCUUGCAGAUUUGGUGGAGAAUUUCUUGAUUUGGAAGCGAAGAACUGAAUGGGGGAAGCCGCCGAAUAUUUCUCCAAAGAUUUCGACUGGGAAGAGCUACGAAUUCGGGUCGAGAACGACCCGCUUUUGCAGUACCAUUUGCUUCCAUUUCAGCCCUGCGAUUCCAUUCCCUCAGUUUCUGCAGAAGCCGAUUCAGACGCUUGGAGCCGCUUUCACCUCCGCCACUCCUCCGGCAAAUUCUUCAAGGAAAGGCGGUAUUUGUUGAAGGAAUUCCCUGAACUGGUUUCCUGUAAGAAGAACUGUAAAGUUUUGGAGGUUGGUUGUGGUAAUGGAAGCACUGCUCUUCCAAUCUUGCGUGGGAACGAAAAUAUUGUCAUCUAUGCUUGCGAUUGUAGCACGGAAACUCUUGAGAGAGCUAAAGAGAUUAUAAAUGAUGUCGGUAUUGCAUCUUUAAAAGAUCGAUUCUGUCCAUUCUAUUGUGAUUUUUCUACUAGUAAGUUUCCAACAUGGUUGGCCUGCAAUUCAUGCCGUGGAAACACUUCGCUACAGCAGCCGAGCUUUACUACUCCAGAGAAGGAAGGAUCUCAGGCCACCGAAUCAGAAGAAAGUGAAUGUUGCAUUGGUGGGGUUGAUUUUCUUACUUUGAUAUUUACAUUAUCAGCAGUGCCUCUCCAGAGGAUGCCAGCAUCGAUUAGAGAAUGCUAUAUGGCGUUGAAGCCUGGAGGCCUGCUCUUAUUUCGGGACUAUGGUCUAUAUGAUAUGACGAUGCUUCGAUUUGGGCAAGAUCAAAGAGUAGGAUUCAAGGAAUAUGUCCGAUUGGAUGGAACGCGUUCUUAUUUCUUCUGCUUGAAUACCUUGAGAGAUCUGUUUGUCACUGCAGGCUUCGUUGAGCUCGAGUUGGAAUAUUGUUGUGUGAAGUCCUUAAAUCGCCGAAAUGGUAAGAGCAUGGAGAGGGUGUGGGUUCAUGGAAAAUUUCAGAAGCCUGUGUCAUGAAUCAUGCUAGAGACACAGAGCAACAUUUCAAAGGAAUUUUCUCUAGUUCAUCUGGAAGUGUUGUGGUGGAAUGUUUGUGGCUGUUCAUCUAUGAUGUUCUCUUGUUUCGGUUAGUCCAUUUAAAGGUUAAUUGUGUUAAUGCUACUUUUUAAAUUUUAUAGGUAUUUUUUAAACCUA